UAGACUAUAGUAAUGCAAUUUUCAUAAGCAGAAAUUUGAGAAUAUUGACCCGCGAUGUGGAAGAAAAUUCAGGUACAUUUCAUGCCGUGUCGGUGUCAAGUUACACCAAAAGUAGUAAACCAGGGUGGCAAAAAAGAGGAGGAUUUAGCAAUUUGUUGAUUUUUCCUUCAAAAAUUCCUCUCCCAGUCGGCUCUCGUUCAAGAUUCCCCUAUUUCCCCUUUCUUUCCCUAUUAACGCCUCUCUCCCCCUCUCUCUCCCUCUCUCUCUCUCUCUCUCUCUCUGAGUUCUUGUGAUACUUUCAAAGACCCCAUUUUUAACACUGCUCACAAUAUGGCUGACGAAUCCACCGCUUACAAUAUGGCUGACGAAUCCAUUUCAGGCAAUUUGAAAGACCUUUCUUUGAAUAGAAAUGGUGCGGCGUCAAAGAAGUCUCAUUUAGUUGUUUGCUUUGGAGAGAUGCUCAUUGACUUCAUCCCAACCGUUGCUGGAGUUUCACUUGCGGAAGCUCCUGCCUUCGAAAAAGCUCCGGGUGGUGCACCUGCUAAUGUUGCUGUGUGCAUCUCAAAGUUAGGUGGUUCAUCUGCUUUUAUUGGAAAGGUCGGUGAGGAUGAGUUCGGCCGAAUGUUGGCGGACAUUUUGAAACAAAACAAUGUUGACAAUUCCGGCAUGCGGUUCGACCAUGAUGCAAGGACUGCACUGGCGUUUGUUACACUCACAGCUGAAGGUGAGCGCGAAUUCGUGUUCUUCCGCAAUCCUAGUGCUGAUAUGCUUCUUCGGGAGUCUGAACUCGAUGUAGCUCUUAUUAAAAAGGCCACCAUCUUUCAUUAUGGUUCGAUUAGUUUGAUCGACGAACCCUGUAGGUCAACACAACUUGCUGCAAUAGACAUUGCCAAAAGAUCAGGUAGCAUACUCUCAUAUGAUCCGAACCUGAGAUUGCCUUUAUGGCCUUCAGAAGAUGCUGCUCGAAGUGGAAUAAUGAGUGUAUGGAACCUAGCAGAUAUUAUUAAGAUAAGUGAGGAUGAGAUUUCAUUCUUGACUGGAACCGAUGAUCCAAAUGAUGAUGAGGUGGUGUUGAAGAGGCUUUUCCAUCCUAAUCUGAAGCUUUUGCUUGUAACUGAAGGUUCAGCUGGUUGCAGAUAUUACACCAAGGAAUUCAAGGGAAGAGUUAAUUCGAUUAAGGUAAAAGCUGUUGAUACAACUGGUGCUGGUGAUGCAUUUACCGGUGGAGUUCUCAAGUGUCUAGCUUCUGAUGCUGGUCUUUAUCAGGAUGAGAAGCGGUUAAGGGAGGCUAUCUUUUUCGCUAAUGUUUGUGCUGCCCUGACAGUGACAGGAAGAGGUGGAAUCCCUUCCCUUCCUACACAAGAUGCAGUUCAACGAACUCUCACCGAGGUCACUGCAUGAGAAGGCAGAACAAGUUUUGUUCUCAUCACGUUGUAACUGCAUUAUUCUAGAUUUAUUUUCACAAUGGUCGAUUAAUUUUCUUUUCGUCUCUGGCAUCUGCUUGUUAGUUCCUCUCUUUGGAAAGAAGUUGCAAGAGACAUUUAAGAGAUGCCAGAAAAAUAGUGUAGCGUCUUCUGUCAGUCAUACAAGGAAAUGCUGGAAAACCUUUUUUGCUAGUCGAAAAGAACUUCAUACAAGCUGUGAUGUCUCCCGGUACAUAUCUGAUCCUUGUUACGGAUCCAUCAGAAGCCAAGAUAGAGAAAGGUUAAUAUUGGAUAUUGAGAUUUACUAUGUGUAGAGGGAAAAACAAAGUGUACAUGCAUUUAACGACUAUCCAGCUUUUGUUGUUUAA